UGAGAGAAUCCGAUCUGAGAUCAGUGGAGUGUCUGAUGCUGUAAACAAACGCGGAGGAUCCGGUACUCGGACGAUAUUUAUGAAAUAUAAAGGAUGGAAAUAAGGCCUCCGAGUUUCACACACAAGUAUGUUUUAUUGUGUGUCUCCGCGGUGUUUGUUUACGCUGGCGUGUGUGGCGUGUCAGCGAUAGACGUGUUCACUCCAGCGGAGGUGUUUGUGGAGAACGGGACCACAGUCACUCUGUCCUGCAGCUUCAAGUCUAGAGAAGUGAUCAGUAGUUCAGCGUCAGUGACGUGGUCUUUCCUUCCGGAGGGAGAGACCGGAGCGUCCACUUCAAUCUUCUAUUACACUGCGGGGAAGUCGUUUCCGGGCUCAGUGCCGCAGUUUAAGUCUCGUGUGGAAUGGGCCGGAGACAUGAACAAGAAGGACGCGUCGAUCCGUGUGAUCCAGAUGCAGUUCAAGGACAACGGGACGUUCAGCUGCGACGUGAAGAAUCCUCCGGACAUCUCCGGACAGAUGUCCAUCACUAAAGUCAGUGUGGUCAUGAAAGAAGCUCUUCCUCAGACCAGCACAGCGGUGAUCGUGGGGGGGGUGAUCGGAGCCGUGAUCGGCAUCAUCAUCAUCGCAGUGGUCACCUACCUGAUCAUCAGACGACAGGACUCCAGUCACGACUACAGAGGCUGCACCUCGUUAGAGAGUGUGAGCUCACAGAACACUAGGGUGGGGAAGAAAGCGGAGUCUAGCAACGACAACUCACUCUGCUCCAGCCCCUCCGCCCCCAUACAGGGGCCAGUGAUUUACGCCCAGCUCGAUCACUCCGGCAGCAAGAACUCCUUCCACAAGAUGGAGCCGGUGGUGUACGCAGACAUCCGCAAGAACUAGAGCGCCUGGGGUCAGACGGGUCAGACGGGGGGUUAGUACUGGACUGGUGACGGCACCUGACCACAGACUCUUUCUUCUGCUUCUGUGUGUGUUUUCAUGUCAGUGUUAAUGUGAGUUUCUAGACUAAUAUCUCUCUCCUCGUGUCUCACCACUCUAACUAAAUACACUUUACCUUGAGAAGAUGUUACACAUUUUUAUCGGAUUAUGAUAUGAUCACCACAAACAUCUCUUGACUGGAGUACAGCACUCUUUUACUGUAUCACAUUCAAAAAUACUGUUAUUUAAAUCACCAUACUUCCAUGACUUAUGAAUACUUUGGCACUUCAUAAUAUAUUUUGCUUAAAUAUCAUGUAAAGAUGGACCAAGUAUUUUUGAUUACAUGUAUGGUAUAUUUCACCACUUAAGGCUGUGUUAUACUUUCUCCAUGAGCAAUCUGGACAGUGCGGACGCGGGCUAAGCGGUCUCCAGCGGUCUCCAGCGGUCUCUAGCGGUCACUAGCGGACUCUAGCGGACUCUAGCGGUCUCUAGCGGACUCUAGUGGUCUCUAGCGGUCACUAGCGGACUCUAGCGGUCUCUAGCGGUCUCUAGCGGACUCUAGCGGUCUCUAGCGGACUCUAGCGGACUCUAGCGGUCUCUUGCGGACUCUAGCGGUCACUAGCAGUCUCUUGCGGACUCUAGCGGUCACUAGCGGACUCUAGCGGUCUCUAGCGGUCUCUAGCGGUCACUAGCGGUCUCUAGCGGUCACUAGCGGACUCUAGCGGUCUCUAGCGGUCUCUAGCGGUCACUAGCGGUCUCUAGCGGUCUCUAGCGGUCUCUAGCGGACUCUAGCGGUCUCUAGCGGUCUCUAGCGGACUCUAGCGGUCUCUAGCGGUCUCUAGCGGACUCUAGCGGACUCUAGCGGUCGCUAGCGGUCUCUAGCGGUCUCUAGCGGUCUCUUGCGGACUCUAGCGGUCACUAGCGGACUCUAGCGGUCUCUAGCGGUCUCUUGCGGACUCUAGCGGUCACUAGCGGACUCUAGCGGUCUCUAGCGGUCUCUAGCGGUCACUAGCGGUCUCUAGCGGUCUCUAGCGGUCACUAGCGGACUCUAGCGGACUCUAGCGGACUCUAGCCGUCACUAGCGGACUCUAGCGGACUCUAGCGGUCUCUAGCGGUCUCUAGCGGACUCUAGCGGUCUCUAGCGGUCUCUAGCGGACUCUAGCGGUCACUAGCGGUCUCUAGCGGUCUCUAGCGGACUCUAGCGGACUCUAGCGGACUCUAGCGGUCACUAGCGGUCUCUAGCGGUCUCUAGCGGACUCUAGCGGUCACUAGCGGUCUCUAGCGGUCUCUAGCGGACUCUAGCGGUCUCUAGCGGACUCUAGCGGUCUCUAGCGGACUCUAGCGGUCACUAGCGGUCUCUAGCGGUCUCUAGCGGACUCUAGCGGUCUCUAGCGGUCUCUAGCGGACUCUAGCGGUCUCUAGCGGUCUCUAGCGGACUCUAGCGGACUCUAGCGGUCUCUAGCGGUCUCUAGCGGUCUCUAGCGCACUCUAGCGGACUCUAGCGGUCACUAGCGGUCACUAGCGGUCUCUAGCAGUCACUAGCGGUCUCUAGCGGACUCUAGCGGUCUCUAGCGGUCUCUUGCGGACUCCUGGACACAGAAAGUAUAACACAGGCUUAAGUCAGUUUGCAUAGAGAAAAUGAAGCCUAUAGGACCAAUGAUGUUUUACUUUAUUAUUAUUUUCAUGACAAUGUUGUCAUGAAUUAUUUCCAACACAUUGUUGCUGUUAAAACAGCAUGAAAAUAACAUGAUGCAUAAAUACCACUCACUUAAUAUAUUUAUAUAUUUAGCUUAAAGUGGUCAUAUGAUGCUUUUUUUUUAAAGAUCAUUAUUUUGUGUAUUUGGUGUAACAGAAUAUGUUGACAUGCUUGAAUGUUCAAAAAACACAUUCUUUUUCCAAUACUGUACAUUAUUGUAGGUCCUCUAAGCCCCGCCUCUCUCAAACACCGCGUUUUCUACAAAGACCCUCCCUCUGACAAGCACAGUCUGCUCUGAUUGGCCGACUGUCCCAGUGCAUUUUGUGCAUAAAUAAUGUUAUUAGACUAAUGUUUUACUUUUUUGAAAUACAAAUAUGAAAUAUUGGAAAAAUGCAAUGAUACUUUUAAAUAUGAUAUUAAACAGUAGGUCUUAAUGAGUGAAUCACUGAUUCAAACGAUUCGUUCAAACGGCUGAUUCAUUCAUGACCUGAAGCAAGUAACCGUUUUUAUAAAUAGCUCACUGAAUCAUAUAUUAUAUAUUAUGUUCUGCCGUGGCUUUGCUUAGAACUAUUUUUGUUAUCGAAAUGUAGCAAAAACAAUCAUAAUGUGUCUAAAAUGUAAGUCAGUUUAAUAAAAUCAGAAUCAUUCUCGCCAAAGUUUCGGUGAUGCCCUAGUUAUUGUUUGUUAUUCACAUUUAGAUCAGGUUACUUAUCCAGCCGGGCAGGUACAAUUGUGUUUCACUUGCCCCUUCACAAGCAUUAAUAUUGAGCCCUGAUUACACAAAUAUUUCCCCACAGUGACACAGACGUGUGGGGGGCGUGUCUAAACGAGGUGUUUUAGGGGGUGUGGCCGAGUCUGAACUUUGAUAAAGAAUAUCUCUUUGGAUUUGAGACUUAUUUUACAUUACAUAAUUUAAAAAAAAAAUCUUACAAAUAAUUUUUAUUAUAAUAUUUUUAAAUGGUCAAGCUUAAUUUUUUAUGCAUCUUCUAAAUCAGAAUGAUACCUGGCUAUUAGACUGAUGUAGUUUUUUGACCAUUAAGAAAACUCAAUUUCAUAACUGUUAUAAUAAUCAUUUUUAUUAUGCAUAGAAACACUACAAUGUAUAAACACUUCAAAUUGACAUUGUUUACAUUUACAUGUUAUUUUUGGAUUGUGAGAAUUUGUGUUUUGAUUUUUUUUAUUAUUCGUCCCAAAGAGAAGCUGUAUUUUUGUAUGUGUUCUGUAGCGUGUUUAGUUGGUGUGGUGAGACGUGAUGCGCAUGUGUACAUGAGAUCGAUGUAAGUGAUGUUCUGAAGAUCAUGGAGCAUGAUGGGUAAUCGUCACGCCUCCAUGAUCCCGAACACUCCAGUAGCUAUCAAACAGAGGAGCACGUCUCAAUGGUUAGACUAGUUAGCUUGUUAACAAUCAGCACUAAUCCUGUUAGCAUGUGUGUGUAGAAAAGCCCAGUCUUCAGUGUUAGUUUAAUCAGCUAGACUCUACAUUCCGCAGUUAAUGCAUCGCUGCCUUUUGAGUUGAAACACUCCGCUUAUAUGUCAUGUUUAAAUUAUGUACAUUUCAUGUGUCAUAACUUAAUUAGAUUUUUAUUUCUGACACUUGAACACUUGAGACCAAAAUCCCUGACAGAUCGUUCCUUAGCUGGAGUGGUUUAUGGUGUUUUUAUUUGCCUGGAUGAUGAUUAUUCUUGUGCUGCACAUUCCAUGAGGCCUGUCGGUACUGGUUCGAUUCUGUUACUGCGGUUGCAAGUCCUGCACUGUUUCUGAUUCCGACCGCAGCACUGUCAUGUCACAUGAUCAUAUUAACUGGAACCCUGUGGAUGAGAGUGCCUUCAUCGACUAACGCCUGUUACACACUUCCUGUGGUUUCUUCUUGUUUUAUUGGCCUUUUGUAUAUGAAAACAGACACAUCUGUCUAAUUUGAUACAUGCAUAUAUAUAUAUAUAAAUAUAUCAAACUGAA